AUGAUAGGUGAUAACGUCAAACUGGGCCUCCAGAAUGGCAGCGCGCCGCCCCCCUCGGAGGUGAAAAUGGAGGAGAGGGGCCAGUGGAGCAACAAGGUGGAGUUCAUUCUGUCCGUGGCGGGCUCCAUCAUCGGGCUGGGCAACAUGUGGCGCUUUCCGUACCUCUGCUACAAGAACGGAGGAGGUGCCUUCCUCAUCCCGUACCUCAUCUUUCUUUUCGCCUGCGGGGUGCCCGUCUUCUUUCUGGAGACGGCGCUGGGUCAGUACACGAGCGAGGGAGGCGUGACUUGCUGGAGGAAAAUCAGCCCGCUGUUUGAAGGUCUCGGCUAUGGCACCCAGGUGAUAGUGACCCUUCUGAACUUCUACUACAUCAUAGUCCUAGCAUGGGGGAUGUUCUAUCUGUCUUUCUCCUUCUCCUGGGAUCUACCUUGGUCCUCCUGCAACAACACAUGGAACACAGAAAACUGCGUGGAAUUCCAGAGGAGAAACACCUCCAUCAAUCAAACUAUCUCCCCUAAUGCUACUUCGCCCGUCAUGGAGUUCUGGGAGAGGCGAGCGCUGAGAAUCUCACCAGGCAUCGACCACAUGGGCUCGCUCAACUGGGACCUGGUCUUGUGUCUGUUCAUCGCGUGGGUCAUGUGCUACUUCUGCAUCUGGAAGGGGGUUAAAUCCACAGGAAAAGUGGUCUACUUCACUGCGACCUUUCCGUAUUUGAUGCUAAUUGUGCUGCUGGUGAGGGGGCUAACCUUGCCCGGUGCUGGGAUUGGGAUUCAGUUUUACCUCUAUCCUGAUUUGGGACGUCUGGCGGACCCGCAGGUUUGGAUGGAUGCCGGGACCCAAAUCUUCUUCUCUUAUGCUAUCUGCUUAGGCUCUUUAACAGCGCUAGGCAGCUAUAACAAAUACAACAACAACUGUUACAGAGAUUGUCUAGCGUUGUGCUUUCUAAACAGCGGCACCAGUUUCGUGGCCGGGUUUGCGAUCUUCUCCAUUCUUGGUUUCAUGUCUUACGAGCAAAACGUUCCUAUAUCAGAAGUGGCGGAAUCAGGCCCAGGUUUAGCCUUCAUUGCGUACCCACGUGCCGUGACCAUGAUGCCUUUCUCCCCCCUGUGGGCUGCCCUAUUCUUCAUCAUGAUUGUUUUUCUCGGGCUGGACAGUCAGUUCGUGUGCGUGGAAAGCCUCGUGACCGCCAUCGUCGACAUGUACCCUGCCACGUUCCGACGGAAAAAUCGGCGGGAGCUUUUUCUCCUGCUCGUGGUGCUACUUUCCUUCCUUGUCGGCCUCAUCAUGCUCAUGGAGGGAGGCAUGUACGUCUUCCAGCUCUUUGAUUACUAUGCCGCUAGUGGCAUGUGUCUUCUCUUCAUGGGUCUUUUUGAGACCGUCUGCAUUGCCUGGGUUUACGGUGCCGAUCGCUUUUACGACAACAUCGAAGACAUGAUUGGCUACCGUCCUGGGCCUUACAUCAAAUACUGCUGGAUGUUCUUCACCCCAGCUACGUGUAUUGGUACUUUUGCCUUCUCUCUCAUUAAAUACACACCCUUGAAAUACAACAACGAGUAUGUGUAUCCAUGGUGGGGCUACGUGAUUGGCUGGUUGCUGGCUCUUUCCUCCAUGGUCUGCAUCCCCUUGUGGAUGGCGUAUAAGAUCAGCACAACACAAGGGACGUUCAGGGAGCGCAUCAAGCUGCUAAUAACGCCGUCUGAGGACUUGCCCAAAACCAAGAGAGAGCAAGAGAGGUUGUUAGCCAUUUUUGCACCAGAAGAAGACUCUACCUGGAAUAAAAAUGGCUACCAUUCCGUGUCGGAACAAGACUCCAAUUUAUGA